GUGCGCAUGCGCAGCCUGAAUGCGAAACCUAACUAUAACAGGAAGAAGCUCCGGUCUAUCAACUACCAAAGACGUCUGUUUAUCGAGCCUGGAAUGAAUAUAUUUGAGAGUAAAUCCUUAAGCUUCUUCACUGCUUUUGUUGUAGCCCUCGUCGCCGUUUGGUACUAUUUGGAGAAUUCAGAGACCGACGAGAUCCCAAGAAUGGAUCUGAAUGCGAUGGAGGAGGAUUACCGGCAGAAGAACAAAUCGUGCUUCAUUGUGGGUGCUUCGGGGGAGACUGGAAGGGCGCUGCUGAAGGAAAUAGUGCAGCACAACAUCUUCUCCAAGGUCACUCUCAUUGGACGGAGGCAGCUAACCUUUGAGGAUAAAGCCUAUGAAAAUCUGGUGCAAAAGGUGGUUGAUUUUGAGAAGCUAGAUGAGUACGCUGAGGCUUUUCGGGGCCAUGAUGUUGGAUACUGCUGCCUAGGAACAACCAAGGCCAAAGCAGGAGCUGAAGGGUUUGUGCGCGUGGACCAUGACUACGUUCUCAAGUCUGCAGAACUUGCCAAAGCAGGAGGCUGCUCACAUUUCCACCUCGAAUCCUCCAAAGGUGCAGACAAUACCAGCAGCUUUCUCUACCUGAAAACCAAGGGACAGGUCGAAGCUGAAAUUGAAGAGCUGGAGUUUGAGCGUUUCUCUGUCUAUCGACCAGCGGUGCUCUUAGUGAGCAGAGAGGAGAGCAGGCCGGCUGAGUGGGUGGCCCAGAAAUUUCUCGGCGCGUUCUCCUCUGUUUUGCCUACAAUGUCCAUUCCCAUCACCGCAGUGGCCAGGGCUAUGGUUGUCAACACACUUAAAGACGGAGAGAAGAAAGUGGAAAUUCUCGAAAACAAGGCCAUAUGCAAUCUUGGAAAAAUUGGAGACAAAAAAUAAGACUUUAUUUAAGUUUUUUGUCAGCAGGACAAACCAAAAUAUCAUUUUAACGCAGAUGACCUGGAUGUAAUUAUCAUAUUUAAAAACUAUCAUGCUGACAGCAUUGCCUGACACUAAUGUAAUACGUGCUGUGUUUCUGCAUGCUUUGUUUUGAGUUCUGGUGCUUUUUUUAUGUAAUUUAAUAUUGCUCAGGAAAAUAAAUUUAUAUUCAUACUUGA